UCCAACUUCAUUUUCCAAUCCGAGAACCUCGCUAGUGGGUUCCUAAGCAACAAGAAAAUGAUUUAUCUGGUUUAGUUCCCCGAGCCAUUAAGCGACUAUAAAUAUGAUCUCCCACGAACCCAGUCCAGCAACAAAAUCAAAGCCUGAGACAUAUAGUUAAACAAGCUUUGAUUUUCAACAUGGAUGGAGCAAGAUUCAAAUCCAUGGCCUUCUUCAUUGUGGUGGUCGUUCUUCUUCUGAGUGUAUCAGAAGGAAGGCCAUUAAUGAUGAAACCAGAAGAAGAGGUGGUUGGGAUAUUCAGGACAUUGAAGGGGUCAGGGCCGAGCCCUGGUCCAGGCCACAGGGUGACGAAGGUUCAGAAUUUGAUGGGAACCGAGAACUCUGGUCCGAGCCGGGGUGAGGGCCACUGGCUAGAAAGGGGUCAAGAGAUUGGAGUGGUGAAGCAUUCAGGUCCAAGCCCUGGUCAAGGACACAAGGCCGUCGCUUCUGCAGAAAACCGCUCGUAAAUACGAAUAUGAAUUGAAGACUCUCUUGGAUGGCUCUCCAUCUUCUUAGCAGGGGAUUGAAACUAGAAAGUAUCCCAUAGAUCUUUGCCUUUCAACUCUUAAUGUAGUUUUAAAAAUUAGUACGAAGCACAUAUGAAAAGUUUUCAGUUCUGUUGUUAGAUUGCACUUUAUUAUUUGUUCCCCCUAAUUUUAAUACUUUUGUUCCAAAAUAGAAAACAGAAUCUGCAUCAUAAGAAGAAGCAUUUUAUAUACUUUCAAAAUAAUAAGUAAGUGUUGGGAUUCUCCAGAUUGUCAAUAUUAAGCGGGCAAAAUAUAAUAAUAGUCCCUCUACUUUGAUUGUGUUUUUGUAGUUCAUAUCAUUUUAUUUUGUUGUUCUCAAUUCUUUUACUUUGAUCCAUUUGCAACGUUAGUUUUCAUAUUUUUAAAA